UUCCUCCCUUUCCAUGCUUUACCCUGCCAUCUCUAAAAAACCCUAACCCCAUACCCAAGAUUUCCCUCCUUUUCCCCACUUUAUUCAAACUACCCUCCAAAUAAAUAUCAGCCCCUAUUGCAAUAUCAAAAUCAAGAAAUGGGUAACUGCCUGUUCGGCGGUAUGGGAGACGGCGUCGGUGGCGGCGAAGUCAUCAAAGUGACCAACGCAAACGGGGGCGUGAUGGAGUUCCACGCCCCCGUCACGGUGGAAUCCAUCACCGACGAGUUCCCCGGCCACGCCAUAUUCCGGAGCCAGGACCUCUUCUGGAAGCCGCUCCCCCACAGCGACGUCCUCGCUGCGGGGGAGUCAUACCACCUCCUGCCGCUGCUUGAGAGCAGCGGCAGCGGCGGGAGGAAGGCACGGGUGGGGCACGUGAGGUCCAACAGCGCGCCGCCGCAGCAGGUGGGGUCGGCGCAGUACAGGAUGUCGGUGGACAGCAGGGGGUUGGGGAAGAGGACGGCGGAGGAGGCAGGGGCAGCGGCGCGGGGGUUUUGGAAGGUGAAGCUGGUGAUCAGCACGGAGCAGCUGCUGGAGAUACUGGCGGAGGAAGGGAAGACGGAGGAGCUGAUCGAAAGCGUUAGGACAGUCGCAAAGUGUGGGAGUGGGUUGGGAGGAUUUUCCGACCAUUGGAGCCUUUCCAGUAGCAAGAGGAGCAGGAAUGCAGCUUCUUCCAAUAACGAUAGCAGCUUGGUAGAGUUUUAAAAUUGUCUUCUUUUUCUUUUCAUAAGUUUUUUUCUUAAUUUUGUUACAUAUAGUAAUUUUUUUUCUCUCGUUCUGUAUAUCUUCUACCUUUCCAAUUCUAUGUUUCCACUAUCCAUUACCUUA